AUGUACAUCACCCUCUACUACAUAGUCACCCGGCUCUUUGACUCUCUUCGCUUAGUCAGGGACCACUUCCUCUCAGUUUGCCCCACCACUCUCACCGUUGACCUCCUCGAGGAGUGCCUCCUAGCAGCAGAGAAGAGCAUAGUAGCUGUAGGAGCCUCUCGUGGUAACCCUCGCACCCCCGUCUUUGAGGGGUGUUCCCCCUCCCCCCUCUUGCCCUCUGUUGCUUCUGCUAUUGCUGCUAACCUCGUUGGUUCUACGGGGUCGGCGCUGCGUCAGCCCCUAGCGGGAGAUGCCGCACCGGCAAGGGCAAGGGGGGCAAGGGAACUGGAGGGGCUAGCGGGGGCGGUGGAGGUGGUGGUGGAGGCAGUGGAGGGAGUGGGGGUGGAGGUGGGAGUGGUGGCGGGGGGUGGCGGCGGCGGUGGCAGCAGUGGAGGCGGAGCAGGCGGUGGUGGUGGCGGAGGGAGCGGAGGCGGCGGAGGUGGCGGAGGAGGCGGAGGUGGCGGAGGCGGCGGAGGCGGCACCGGCAGCGGCGGUGGAGCUGGUCGCGACUCUGCGCAGAGGAGUGGGUCCGGUGGUGGUCCGCGCCAGCAGCAGCAGCGCGGUCGUGAGACCGUGUCCCCUCAGCAGCUUCGUGAGGCGGGGGUUGCCAUCUUUGAUCUUGACUAUGAUGCUAUCCUUGCUGCCAUGUAUGCUGUGACUACUAGUGUUGAGGGUGACUGUUACCUGUGUGUACCGCCUGACCCGGGCAUUGAGGCUACUGCUCUAGGUGCUGGUGAGGCUGCUGCUCUAGGUGCUAGUGCGUCUGCUGCCCCAGGUGCUAGUGCGUUUUCUGCCCCAGGUGCUGACCGCACCACGCUUACGCCGCUUAGUCGGCCGGUUGCAGUCUCCCUGGCGGACCCCUCUGGGGGUCCUGUCCUUGCUAGCGUCUCCACUGUCUUACCGUGCCCGGCAGCCCCCUCUGACACCCUGUCAGGUCUCUACCUCCCCUCGUUCUCUAUGAGUGGAGCGGACCUACAGGAUAGGGGGGUUGACCAGUUCACUCCUGCGAGUCAGCGGGUGACCCACUGCACGUGUGCUCGGACAGGCCGACACUUGGCCACGUUCACCCGUCGGCCAGGGUCGAGCUUGUACACCCUUACUUCUGAGUCUCCUCCGGCUGCUGAGUCUGGCAAGGUAGCUUCGUCGAGUCUCUCCCUCCCGUACCUCCAGGGCUUGGCCCUACCUGCGUCCCCUGCGUUGAGGGGCGACAGCGCGCAGCCCCUCACUCCUCCGAGUAUUCUCCGACAGACUCUCCACAUGGACGUGUGGGGCCCCGCCUGCGUCCGUGGACAAGGUCAUGAGCGUUACUUCCUGUUGGUGGUUGACGACUUCUCGCGUUACACCACAGUCUUCCCCUUGCGCAGCAAGGGUGACGUCACUGAGACCUUCACGCUUCCGGCCUCUCCACAGCAAAAUGGGAUUGCUGAGCGCCGCAUUGGCAUGGUCAUGGACGUUGCUCGUACGUCCAUGAUGCAUGCGGCUGCCCCCCAUUUUCUGUGGCUGUUUACGGUUCAGUACGCAGCGCAUCAGCUCAACCUUCAGCCCCGGGUCUCCUUGCCAAAGACCUCCCCCACCUUGCGGUGGACGGGGAAGGUUGGCGAUGCGUCUGCGUUUCGGGUCUGGGGAUCUCGGGCGUUUGUCCGCGACUUGUCUGCAGACAAGCUGUCCCCCCGUGCUGUUCCUUGCGUCUUCCUUAGCUUCCCCUCUGACGCGCCUGGUUGGCAGUUUUACCACCCCACCUCGCGCCGUGUUCUGUCCUCCCAGGACGUCACCUUUGACGAGUCGGUACCUUACUACCGUCUCUUCCCUUACCGCACUGCGCCCCUUCCCCUGCCCCCGCUCUUCCUUGUGCCAGGUCCUCCUCUGGUAGACCCCCUCCCCCCUCAGGGUCCUGCCCCGCCAGGUGUGUCUCAGGUAGACGCAGUCGAGCGUGUCGAGGUAGCUGUUGACUCUGGUGCUAUUAGAGCUGCUGAGCCUGCAGGUGCCGGGUCUGGCGGGGCUGAGUCUGGGGGUGCUGAGCCUGGGGGUGCUGAGUUAGGGACUGCGGAGCCUAGGGAUGCGGAGCCUGGGGGCGCUGGGUCUGCUCGUGUGGCCGCCGGCGGUGCUUCGUCGAGGCGGGAGCCACUCUCUCCACAGGAGCUGCGCGAGUGGUUUGCCCGGCGCUGGAGCCGUGCUGCUGGAGCUGGAGGGGGUGCUGCUGGGGCUGCUAGAGUUGGUCUUGCUGGAGCUACUGGCGGUACUGGAGCUGCCGGUCCUGCUGGAGUUGGUGCUGCUGGAGCUGCUGGAGCUGGAGCUGCUGGGGGUGUUGGCACUAGUGUUUCUGCUGGCGCUGGUGCGUCUGAGGGUGCUGGAGUUGGCGCUGUUGGAGCUGGAGGUGCUGCUGGCGCUGGUGCUGCCGCUGGGGGUACAGGUGUUGUCCUUGCUGGCUCUGGAGGAGCUGCGCGGCCGAGGCCGUACUUCUUUCCACUCCUUGAGCAGGUUCUUGGUCUCCCGCCCUCUACUGGUCCUGCUCCUCCCUUAGAGUGUCCGCAGCCUGUCCAGUCGCAGUCACAGUUACAAACCGCCUCCCCCCUUCCUGCUCCUUCUCCCUACACUGGUCCUACUGGAGGUCUUGCUGAGCGUCGUGAGCCUGCGUCUCGUCCUGCGUCGCCUCUUUGUGCUGCUCGUACUAGUGGUCGUGCUUCGCGUCCGCGUCCUUUUGCGGUCCCAGGCACAGACCAGAUGGCACUGCGUCCUUCCACUGCUCCUCUACGAGUCUCGUUGCCGUCUCCUCCAGAGUCCUCUCUUCCUGUUCUUGCUGACCUGGAGUCUGACUCUCUUCGUGCUGCCAGUCCUACUGUCACGCGUCUCCUGGCCACUGUUGUCACGGACCCUUCCUUUGAGUCCACUGCUGCGUCUGCCCUAGUUGCUGAGCUUGUCGACUUUGCUGCUCGCUGUCGUCAAGACUACACUGCUAGUCUUGUUGCUGAGUCUGAGUCUGUCUGUCCUACGUCUGUCGGGGGUGAGUGUGCUCUUAGCAUGGACGUCCUUGAGGACAGGCAGGAGGAGUUCCGAUGUUUUGCUGCUGCUUUGCCUCAUCUCGUGUCCACGCUGAUUGCCCCUGAGGGAGACCCGGAUGCACCAAACAUCCCGACUCCUCGAUCGUACGCUGAGGCGAUCGAGGGUCCCUACUCCUCACAGUGGCAGUCAGCCAUGCACGCAGAGAUGGCUUCCUGGAAGUCCACAGGCACCUACGUCGACGAGGUUCUUCCACCUGGGGCGAACAUCGUCAGUGGCAUGUGGAUUUUCAGGGUGAAGCGGCCGCCGGGUUCUCCGCCUGUCUUGAAGGCGCGUUACGUGGCUCGAGGCUUCACCACUCAGCGCGACUACGAGCUUCACUCUCUUGACUUCAGCACAGCUUUCCUGCAGGGCAGCCUGCAUGAGGAGAUCUGGCUGCGCCGCCCACCUGGCUUCACUGGGUCGUUUCCUCCUGGUACCCAGUGGAGCCUCCGGCGGCCAGUCUACGGUCUCCGCCAGGCUCCCUGUGAGUGGCACGACACACUGAGGACUACACUUGCGGUUCUUGGGUUUGCUCCUUCUACUGCCGACCCGUCGUUGUUUCUGCGCACCGACACCUCUUUGUCGCCGUUCUACACCCUCGUGCACGUGGACGACUUGGUCUUUGCCACUGCUGACACUACUGGACUCGCCCACGUGAAGUCCGAGCUGCAGAAGAUACACACGUGCACAGACCUGGGUGAACUGCGCAGCUACCUUGGCUUGCAGAUCACCCGGGACAGAGCACAGCGCACCAUUACCCUGACUCAGUCACACAUGGUGCAGCAGGUUCUUCAGCGCUUCGACUUCACAUACUCCUCGCCUCAGGCCACUCCUCUGUCUACUCGCCACUCGCUCUCAGCUCUGCCUUUGGAUGAGUCCGUAGAGUCGAAGCACAUGGCUGCAGCGAAGAGGGUGUUGUGCUACUUGUGCAGUACGUCGGGCAUGGGGCUAGUGCUUGGAGGGCGAAGUCAAGUGGUCCUUACAGGUCAUGCUGGCGCUUCUUGGGCUGACGACCGGGCUCUGCAGUGGUCGUCACAGGGUUACACCUUCAGCCUUGGCUCUGGCUCUGUUUCGUGGCGGUCUACCCACCCGUCUUCUGUUCUCAGCUCCAGCUAUGAGGCUGAGAUCUACGCGGAGGCCAUGGCUGCACAGGAGCUAUGCUGGCUCACCUACCUGCUGACUGACCUAGGAGAGCCGCCUCGUUCUCCUCCAGUUUUGUACGUAGACAACAAGGCCAUGCUGGCCUUGUGUCGGGAGCACAGACUGGAGCACAGAACGAAGCACAUUGCUCUUCGCUACUUCCUUGCUCGUGAGCUGUAG